AUGGGCGGCGAUGAGCUCAUCGAGUCCCUUUCAUUCAUCGUCCACUCAGGUGAUCAUCUUCUCAUUUCAGGACCAAACGGUGUGGGCAAAUCUGCAAUCCCGCGUAUCGUAGCCGGACUGUGGCCUGUCUACCGCGGGCUGGUUAGCCGCCCUCGAGGCUUCGGCCUUGACGGCAUCAUGUUCCUACCCCAGCGGCCGUAUCUCAGCGUCGGCACCUUACGUGACCAAGUUAUCUACCCGCACACGGAAGUUGACAUGCGCGAAGCCGGCGAAACAGACGCAGCCCUGCAGAAAAUCCUCGACGAUGCCCAUCUUGGUUAUCUACCACAGCGUGAAGGAGGCUGGGAUGCUCGCAAGGAGUGGAAAGACGUUCUUAGUGGCGGUGAGAAACAGCGUAUGGGUAUGGCACGUCUCUUCUACCAUGAGCCACGGUAUGCAUUCAUGGAUGAAGGCACUUCAGCUGUAUCUUCGGAUGUUGAGGGCUUGCUGUACGAUAACGCCAAGGAACGAGGUAUCACUCUCAUCACCAUCUCGACGCGGGCGUCUUUGAAGAAGUACCAUACCUACAACCUGACGCUUGGCCUGGGAGCCGAAGGCGAGGUUUGGGAGUUCGAGAGGAUUGGUACUGAGAAGGAGAAACUGGGCGUUGAGAAGGAGCUACAGGAACUGCGGAAGCGUCUGGAUAAGGUGGAUGAGUGGAAGCAGCGUCGUGAGGAGAUCGACGAAGAACUCCAGAAGGUCUGGGCCAACGGUAGUGAAGUUGCACCACCACCUUAUCAGGAAAAGCACAUUGACUCUGAGCCCUCCGUCGAUGGACCUGAAAUUUGA